GGGCCUGGUGUCUGGAGAUGCCGAAGUCGUGCGCGGCCCGGCAGUGCUGCAACCGCUACAGCAAUCGCAGGAAGCAGCUCACCUUCCACCGAUGCUGCCCGGAACGUAGUAGGUGUUCAGUAUUUGCUGCGUGAUGAGCGAUGCUGACGUCUCUCAGGUUCCCGUUCAGCCGCCCGGAGCUGCUGAAGGAAUGGGUGCUGAACAUCGGCCGGGGCGACUUCGAGCCCAAGCAGCACACGGUCAUCUGCUCCGAGCACUUCCGGCCCGAGUGCUUCAGCGCCUUUGGGAACCGCAAGAACCUGAAGCACAACGCGGUGCCCACGGUGUUCGCCUUCCAGGGCCCCCCACAGCUGGUGAGGGAGAACACAGACCCUGCCGGCCCGAGUGGAGAUGCUGCCUCUGAGAAGGGAAAGGUCCUCCCUGAGACGGGGGCCGGGGAGGGUGGCCCAGGGAGGAAGGCGGACACGAGGCUCGAAGCGCCGCAGCUGCCCCCAGACGCUGGAGGCCCCGGAGCACAGGUCCCGCCACACAGGCCGGAAGCCACCGGGGUCCCUGGUCAGCCGGCCAGCCCCACGCAGCCGUCCGAUCACAGCUACGCCCUUUUGGACUUAGACGCUCUGAAAAACAAACUCUUCCUGACGCUAAAGGAAAAUGAAAAGCUCCGCAGGCGCCUGAAGGCCCAGAGGCUGGUGAUGAGGAAGAUGUCCAGUCGCCUGCGUGCCCGCGGCGUGGGGCAGCCGGGACUCCAGGCCAGGCUGUGGCCGGGGCAGCAGAGCUGAGCCCGCCAGCUGGGCCGUCUCCGCCGAGCCGCCGGGAGGAGGGGCAGUGGUCUCGGGGCUCGGGCUCUGGCCGUGGGCGGGCCUUUCAGUCCUGCGCUGACAUUCUCGGCCCGGCGCCACCUCGUGUGAAGUGUAGCGGCCUCAGGCUGGGAGGGGCAGGGCCGCGAGCACGACACCGUGGUUCUCCCUCCAGCAUAAGCUGGGCGAGCAUCCUUGGAACCACAGCCUGAGGAGCCAUCCUGGGCCAGUGGGGCUGACCCUCCCCAAAGGGGAGGAAACGCGUUUCCUUGAGGGGCAGCUGGGCCCAGGGGGGCCGUAGGCCACUGGCACUCUCCAAGGCGGCGAGUGGCCCCGUCGCCUGGACGGCCGGCUCUCUUAAGGGGCUGAGGCUGGCUUCUGUCCUAGGAGCACCUCCCUGCCCGGCCAGGUGUGAGUGAGCAACGUAAUAAAGUGUCUUCCUACA